AUGACUAUCGGGGGUUUCUUUGACUUUGACAAGCCUGAAUAUGCGCAUCGCAUAUCCUACUACGACACAGACCGUCUCCGUAAGCAGGAGGUCAUCAAAACCCCUGGGAUAAUCAGCUCCCACAUCAGAGGUUGGGGUGCCGUCGCAUGCCCUGGAGGCACCCUCGUGCUCAGUGCGAUCGCAAUCCGUCGUGUUUACGUAGCAGAGUCGCAGCUGAAUCUCAUCCGUGCAGAGCUCGAGAAACGAGAUGUUCCUCUGCAUAAACUACAGAAGCGAGAUAUCUUGAUCCCCUUGGGAGCAUGCGCUGCGGGAAUGGACGUUGGUCAUGUGUUUGAUCAAGCUGCUAUUCAUGUCACACACACCUGUGCUGAAUGGAGUCUUAUUUAG